CUUGGUGUUGCCCCAACUAUAUUACAAAGUUUACAUUACUAGCCAGCACGCUCAUUUCUCAUUUUCGUUACUGGUGAUGAGCUGAUUCCUGAUCAUUGAACCUUCCUAGCUAGCUAAUAUGAAUUCCUUUGUGCUUUUUCAGUCCUCUUUGAUUCCUCUGCUUUUGAUCACUUCCUUCCUGUCGAUCAAUUUUCAAUUCAGUGUGUGCGCCGAUGAUGCAUAUGCUAACUGCAGCCAACCUAUUACCUGCAGAGGUGUCAAAAGCAACAUCUUCUACCCCUUUUGGGGAGCAAACCGAGCCGAAUACUGUGGCAAAUCUGGGUUCGAGGUCACAUGCCAAGACAAUGUCUCGAUGAUCAGCAUGCAGAAAAUCAAUUUCACAAUUCUUGACAGCACUACUACACCAACUCCGACUGUGAAAGUUGUAAGGCAGGAUUAUUUGGGAAAUCUCUGUCCUAACUCAAGCCUCAACUCUCCUGUUAACACAAGCCUCAACUUCUCUCUGUUUGAUUACACACGUUGGACUAAAAACGUGUCUUUUUACUACGGAUGCACUUCGACUGCAACUGCAGCGUUGUCAAAGUUAGGAUAUAAUCUUUCUGGUAUCUCGCUUGAAUGCAAUUCUGAAGUCAACGUUACCUUUCUCACAGAGACGCAAACUGCUAAGCUUCCGGAUGCAUCUGCCUUGGCCUCCUGUCGAGCUGUGGUUUUGGUUCCGGUGUCUGCGGUAGCUGCUGAUGCACUUGACAACAAUCGAACUUCAACUAUCUGGAAUGCGGUAAAUGGUGGUUUUGAAUUGAAUGUGCAGAAUGAUGAUACUGGUCUUUGCAACAAUUGCGUGGACUCAGGAGGAUCUUGUGGGCAAGACACUACUAAUGCUCAGUUCAUGUGCUAUUGCUCGAAUUUAACUUCAACAGGCACAUGUACUUCCGGUUCAUCAUCAGGUUCAAGUUCAAGAUCACUCGGUUGGAUAAUAGGCCUCUCGGCGGGUGCUUUUGGAACCAUCAUACUCAUUGCUGGCUGCAUACGCAUAUCAAGGAAUAGAGAUAUAUGCAUAUCGAGGAAAAGAAUAUUGGUCUCCUUCAAGACAGAUGAAAGGGAUGAAUUUGAUAUCGAGGCAUUUAUAAGAAAUCAUGGAUCCCUGAGUCCAAAGCGGUACCAUUAUUCAGAUCUGAAGGAAAUGACAAACUCAUUCGAAGAUCAGAUCGGUAAAGGUGGAUAUGGCACAGUAUACAAAGGAAAGCUACCCAAUGGCCUUGUGGUGGCAGUGAAAAUCCUAAGUGAAUCGAAGGGUGAUGGAGAAGAAUUUAUCAAUGAAGUUGCUAGCAUUGGUAGAACUUCGCAUGUCAAUAUAGUGACUCUUGUGGGAUUUUGCUAUGAAGGGGAGAAAAGAGCUCUCAUAUACGAGUGCAUGCCUAAUGGAUCGUUAGAUAAAUUCAUACAUUAUAAGCAAGGCUCUUCAGAUGAAAGUUGCCGCUUGGAAUGGAAAACAUUAUUUGAAAUUGCAGUUGGCAUUGCUCGUGGACUAGAAUACUUGCACCGUGGUUGUAACACAAGAAUUUUACAUUUUGACAUAAAGCCACAAAACAUUCUUCUGGAUAAAGAUUUUUGCCCAAAGAUAUCUGAUUUCGGCCUUGCCAAACUAUGAAUGACGAAGGAAAGUAUUGUAUCGAUGCUAGGGAUGAGAGGAACUGCAGGAUACAUUGCACCAGAAGUGUUUAAUCGGAACUUUGGAGGAGUAUCUCAUAAGUCUGAUGUUUAUAGCUAUGGGAUGCUAGUUCUUGAAAUGGUGGGUGCAAGAAAGAAUUUGGAUUCAGAA